CAUUUUACCCUAAAGAUACUGGUUUUCCCCUGAAACAGAACAGAAAUUAACGAAGCCAGUACCUCCCUUUUUCUCGUAAGAAUAAGACAACGGUGACUUCACAGUCACAGAUUCAGCUUUCUGCUUCUCUGCCCACCUCUCUCUCUGUGUCAAGUUAUUUUCCAAAUUCCGUCAAUGGCUUCUACGAAGGUUGAUAAUAAUCGGGGCCCAUUUGGAUCAAAGAGAUCUCGUAAUGAUGCUUCACGGAGUGACGGAGAUUGGACAUGUCCUCAGUGUGGAAAUGUGAACUUCGGGUUUAGAAUUGUUUGCAAUCGUGAAAACUGCAGUGCUCCUCGACCGACUAUUAAUCCACCUGCUCCAUUUAGCCCUUAUAACACUCCUCCCCCAUUUUAUUUCGGAGGCGUUGGGGCUCCGCCUUUGCCUUAUGGGUUGUCUAGCAGGUAUGGAUCUCCUGUAACACAUUCUGGGAUGCGUUAUGACUAUGGUUUCGCUUCAAGUGCUCAUGGACCAUAUGGUCCUAUGCCUACAUUUCCACCUGGAGGUUAUGGAGGCGUGGGUUAUGGUUCAGGGCCAGCUGCCCAUGGAUAUGGAUUUGGCUUUCAAGGACCUCCAUGGUCAGGAGGAGUAUUACCUGAUAAUCCUGCUUCUCGUAAACGUCGUGGAGGGCCAGAUGGUUUUCACGAGGGAGAUUGGAUUUGUCCCAAAUGUGAGAAUGUUAACUUUGCCUUUAGAACCACUUGCAACAUCAAGAAAUGUGGGGCUCCCAGACCUUCUCUUCAGGGUCCAAACCCCACAAACACCGGUGCCCCUGAAGGCAGUUGGACUUGUGACAAAUGCGGCAAUCUUAAUUAUCCCUUUCGAACUGUUUGCAACCGCAAGGAUUGUGGAAACGAGAAGCCAGCCUCUGGCAAGUAGAUAAUUUCCUUAUUGUGCAUGGAUAGCUUAAAUCCCCCAGACCUAUGUGUAUUAGGGAAUCAUUUGUUAGCAUUAGGGAAUGAGAAAAGAACAAACAUGUUCAUAAAAGAUAUAAUAGAAUCAUAUUCUUAUGUAUAUUUUUUUUUUCACUUUUUGUGCUGUUAGCCAGUAUAACAUCUUGUUACUUUGUCUUUCUGGGGAACUUUAGUUAUCAAUGUGUGGAAAUCUGGACCAUCCGUCGUUUGGUUAUUGAGUACAACUUGUUUAGGUAGUCAA